UCAUCAUCAUCUGCGCCACGAUCAGCUCGUGCUGGCGAGCACGAUCUGCCGCGAGACGAACGCGUUCGUUUUUGCAGCAGGCUGCCGAUCUCUCUCCCCAGCGAGCAUCGACCCAGCCCCGCCGCUAUACGACCGGCUGUCCCUCGCGCCCCAUGGAGAAGCUCAAGUGCGGGCCCGUGGUCGAGAUGCGGGGCGACGACAUGGCGCGCGUCGUCUGGGACCUGGUCCGCGAGAAGCUCAUCGUGCCGUACGUGGACGCCGACCUGAGGGUGUUCGACCUGUCGAUCGAGCACCGCAACCAGACCAACGACACGGUCACCCUGGAGGCCACCCAGGCGCUGAGGACGCACAACGUGGGCGUCAAGUGCGCCACCAUCACGGCCGAGAAGGACGUGCUCGAGAAGUACCACCUGAAGCGCAUGUGGAUGUCGCCCAACGCCGCCAUCCGCAACGCGCUGGGCGGCGCCGUCUUCCGGGAGCCCAUCGUGUGCCGCAACAUCCCGCCGCUCGUGAAGCAGUGGCGCAAGCCCAUCAUCAUCGCGCGCCACGCGUUCGGCGACCAGUACAACUGCAAGGACUUCGUGGUGCCCGGACCCGGCACGCUCCAGAUCAACUACUCGCCCACCAUCGGAGCCCCCUACCACCUUGACAUUUACGACUUCGACGACACGCUGGGAGUGGCGGCCGCCAUGUGCAACACGGACCGUUCCAUCACCGAGUUCGCGUACUGCUGCUUCCAGUUCGCGCUGCAGCGCGGCUACCCGCUGUUCCUGAGCACCAAGGAGACCAUCAUGAAGAAGUACGACGGCCGCUUCAAGGGCAUAUUCGAGAUGCUCUACCAGAAGAAGUACAAGAGCCGCUACAUGGAGAAGGGCAUCUUCUUCCAGCACCGGCUCAUGGACGACAUGGUGGCGCGCUCACUGCGCAUGGAGGGCGGCUUCGUGUGGGCGUGCAAGAACUACGACGGCGACAUCCAGUCGGACUUCAUCGCGCAGGGCUUCGGCUCGCUGGGGCUCAUGACGAGCGUGCUCAUCUGCCCCGACAACAAGACGACGAUGACCGAGGCUGCGCACGGCACCGUCACUAAGCACUACCGGCGCCACACCGCGGGGCUGGAGACCUCCACCAACGCGCUGUCCUCGGUGUACACCUGGACCAAGGGGCUCGCGCAUCGGGGAAAGCUCGACGGCGACGCCAAGCUCAUUGCGUUCGCCAGGUGUCUGGAGCGGGUCUGCCUCGACACAGUCGAGUCGGGCUUCAUGACCAAGGACCUGGCGUCGUGCGUCAAGGGGUUCGGCAAGGUCGACCGGAGGGACUACCUCAACACCUUCGAAUUCGUGGACAAGCUGGCGCAGCAGCUUGACGUUAGGUUCAAGGAGCUCUUCACGGAAGGACCACAGUAGCCGCGCAUCCCAUAAGAAAUAUAUAGUACAAUAAAAUAGUGAGAU